UAACAAACAAAUCAACAAUUUCGACCUAUAUAAAUUUAUUUUGUUCAUCUCUCGCUCUUUAUCAAUUCACAAAGUAAAGUUUUUUUAUUUAUUUAUAUACUUUUUUUUAUAGAUAAUCUGUCGUGUUUAUGUAAUCUUUUUAAUGUGACGCAGUUGCCGAAUUAUGGUGAACGAUUUUACUCUCGUUAUGCAAACAAAUCAUUUCGUUCUUCGUAACGAAGCGCGCGCUCCCCACAUUUGCGAUUUAUUUAUUUGUUAGUGUAUUGAUCAUUUCAUCGCAUCGCACAAAAGCCGUGUUCCGUUCGUUGGUUGCUUCAUCAACCAUCCAUCAGUCUGCACAAAACUACCGAAAUAGAUGAUCAAACUCCACCGAACGAUGAACAUGAGGGGAUUGUCCUGCGUCCUUGUGGCGCUCUUCGGCCUCAGCACUGCUUACAGGUUGUCCGGUGAUGUCGUGCCCGAACACUACAAAUUAGAUAUUGUCACCAAUUUGGGCGACGAGAAUGACAAAUUCGAGUUCCAAGGAAAAGUCGCGAUUCAGGCGACAUGUGUCUCAGCAACGCGGAAUGUUACGUUGCACUCGAAAAAUUUGCACCUAGCGGAGAACGAGAUCCAGGUGAAGGAUCUGAACGGAGGAGGAACUGAGGCCAUCGAAGGAUUUGAAUACGAUAAGGAGAACGAGUUCUUCAUGGUGCUGCUGAAGGAACCGCUUGCCGAUGGCAAGAAGUACGAGAUCCUCAUACCUUUCCAAGGGAAGCUAGAGGAUGUUUUAGCUGGAUAUUAUAGGAGCAGUUUUGUGGAUACGAAUACGAAGGAGAAACGAUAUUUGGCCACGACCCAGUUCGAAGCGACGGACGCCAGAAGGGCUUUCCCAUGCUUCGAUGAACCGGCCAUGAAAUCCACUUUCAAGAUUUCCAUGGGGCAUACCAAAAAAUACUCAGCCUUAAGCAAUAUGCCCGUCGAGCAAAUAGAGCCAAUGAAAGAGAAGCAGGAUUGGGUUUGGACCCAUUUCGAAAACACAGUUCCUAUGUCUACUUACCUGGUAGCAUUCAUCAUUUCCGAUUUUGGAUAUGAGAGCAGCAGAAGCUCAAAUAACGUCACCUUCAAAGUGUGGUCCAGGAAAGAUGCUCUCAACCAAGUGCGAUUUGCUGGAGACGUUGGACCUAAAACUUUAGACUAUUUCGAAACGUACUUCGACGUGGACUAUCCUCUUCCCAAGCAAGAUAUGAUCGCAAUCCCCGAUUUCGCUGCAGGCGCCAUGGAGAAUUGGGGCCUCAUCACGUUCAGAGAAUCCCGUUUACUUUACGAUCCUGAAAUUUCGUCUUCUUCAAGUCAACAUCAAGUUGCCAGCGUCAUCGCCCACGAGAUGGCUCAUCAAUGGUUCGGAAACCUUGUCACGAUGAAAUGGUGGACCGAUCUCUGGUUAAACGAAGGUUUUGCCACGUACAUGGCCGGAUUAGCCGUUCAUCAUAUCUUCCCGGAAUGGAACAGUUUGGAGGAAGAAUCGGCUUCCAAUCUUUUGAACGUCUUUGGCUUCGACUCGCUCAAAACAUCGCAUCCAGUUUCCGUUCCAGUUGGCCAUCCCAGAGAGAUCGAUCAGAUCUUCGACACCAUCGCUUACCAAAAGGGUUCGUUCCUGAUCAGAAUGAUGACUUUGUUCUUGGGCGAGGAAACUUUCCGCAUGGGUGUCAGCAAUUAUCUGAAGAAACAUAAAUACGGAAACGCCGAACAGGACGAUCUGUGGAGCUCGUUGACCACCGAAGCGCAUCGUAGCGGAUUCCCGAAAAAUCUCACAGUUAAAACUGUCAUGGACACGUGGACAGUGCAAACUGGAUAUCCAGUGAUCCACGUGAACAGAUUGUAUGGACAAAAUGCUUUGGAACUUAAACAAGAACGUUAUUACAGAGACACUAUUAAGCCAAAGAGCGCCGGACAAUGCUGGUGGGUUCCCCUGAGUUACACCACAGCUACAGAACUGCAAUUCAACGACACCAAACCGAAGAUUUGGUUGCCUUGUCACAACAACGUGGAAAUAUUCGAAGGUUUCCCUAAGCAAGACGAAUGGGUUAUUUUCAAUAUUAGGGCAGCCGGUCUAUACAGAAUCAAUUACGAUGAAAAGAACUGGCAAUUGCUUCUGGACACUUUGAACUCGGACAAAUUCGAAUCUAUCCCAGUUUUGAAUCGCGUCCAGUUGAUCGAUGAUUCCUCUUCGUUGGCUUGGACCGGAGAUCUGAGCUAUAGAAUUUUCUUUGAUCUCGUGAAAUAUUUGAAUCGCGAAGAGAGGUACUUGCCAUGGAAAGCUUCUCUCAGCAACAUUGGAGCUUUAAAUAAAAGAAUCAAACGCACUUCCACUUACGGAUUCUUCAAAGUUUAUUUGAAAGAACUGCUGGAACCAAUUUACGAGAAAGUGGGUGCGUUGACUUUGACAAAAGCAACCAAAGAAAAGUUGGAUGCUGUCAAGCAUCAAACAUUGAUCGCCAGUUGGGCUUGCAGAUUUGGAGUUUCAAAUUGCGCGAGCGAGGCUAGCAGAAUGUUCGCAGAAUACAUGAAGAACCCAACAAACACGGAAAUUAUACCUAAGGACUUGAGAUCAGUUAUCUUCUGUAACGCUAUUAGACGCGGAGCGGAAACCGAGUGGGAGUUCUUGUGGCAACAGUAUUUGAAAUCGAACGUGGCGACCGAGAAAAAUUCCAUAAUGAGCGCUUUAGGAUGCACCAGGGAAAUUUGGUUGUUGAAGCGUUUGCUCGAUUUCACAUUAAAGGAUAACUCUGGUAUUAGAAAGCAGGAUUACAGUUCCGUGUUUACAACAGUCGCAGGAAACGACGUUGGUUUCUACAUUGCCCAAAGAUUCUUAGAAGAAAAUAUUAAAGACAUUUAUAAAAGAUUAGCUCCAAAUACCAGAAGACUUUCUAGAUAUCUCUCAUCAUUGGCUGGUCAGAUGACGUCUGAACUAGAAUACGAUUGGUUCAAAAAUUUCACUGGUAAAAAUGAAGAAUACUUCAAAGAAGCCAAGCAGGGAGUGGGACAAAGUUUGGAGUUGAUUAAGGUUAACAUCCAGUGGCGGAACAGACACGAGAAGCACCUGAAGUGUAUGCUGAAGAAAAAGGAGCACUGAAAUAAUAAUAAUAACAAAAUAAACCUUACAUUAUUAUUUUA